AUCUCUCUCUCUCUUACCCCCCUCCUCUCUCUCUCUUUCUCCGAGCGAGCUCUCAGCUCCCGACUCUAUUUAUAGCACAGUCCCGCCCCUCCCCUGUCGCUCGCCAGCUAUUUCCAGCAGCCUGAAGCAGCUCCAGUCUGUUUGUAAACUCCACGUCUCUAUACCUCUGCUCUCCCGUUCGCCUCACCCACCGGGUGAGGGUGCAGAGAUUCGGCUUUGAACAAUUAUACAAAAGCAACACAAUCGCACUAAACGGAACAGUCGGAUGGUUCAGUUUAAGCCCAUUCAUCAGGAGAGUGACUUGUGUGCUGUGCUGUAAGCGAGGACUUGUACGGAGAGGCGAGGGGAAGGAAGGAACAUAGGGACUGGCAGGCAAAAGUCUCCCAGUGAUCUACUUAGUGAUCGUCUCUCCGGUUCUGUCGCUUUCAUCUCAUCCCGUCGCAUCUCGUCAUGGGGAAGUCGCUCUUUUGGAGUCCGCCGAUACCACAUGCGUGACUUCAGACGUUUGCAGGAUACGGGCACGCUCAGACCGGGGUCUUGGAUACAAGCCACAUUUGGACUUGUCGGUGUGAAUUAGCAGCUUGUUUCUGACAUCGACAAUUAGACAAGAAGGUGAUGUGGUGUAUGAAUAGACUCGUUUGUGGGGCCGUAAAGCUGCUAGUUUGAGUGGACAGUUUGAGGAUUUGUCUACAGUGUUUUCUUUCACGGAUACCUGUUCUGAUUGCAUUUGUUUAUUGAAAAAAAUUAUAAUAAUUUUUUUGAACCAUGGAACUAACGGGCAAAGCGAUUUUCGAUUCUUUGCAUGCAUGUACCUUUUGAUAAAGGAAGUGGUGCUUUUUUCCCCUCUUCCUUCAAAUGUGUUUGCACAUUUGACUUUUUUGGAUGGAGAGUGGGCUGGCAUCUCCUUUUCCAUGUUAAUUUGUUUUUGCAUUAAUUGAGUGGCGAUAUUUCGAGACUGGCAUGCUUUUGAAGCCAACCGUACCGGGACUGUGUGCGAUGUUGCAGACAAUCUAUGAGACCGAAUCCUGCUUCUCUUCAGACAGCACGUCCGGCAGAGAGCGACACGUGGAGCUGCUUUCUCAGUCCAGAAGCACCAGCAUGCCCAGCACCGCAGUGGAUGUGAAGACCUUGCUACCUUCUGGGAUGCAGAGCCCGGUGGGAGGUGGAGGAGAUCAGGGCGGAGGUAGCGGAGGGCCGGUGGACCUGCGUACAGACCCGCGUCUGAGCACACUAAACACGGUGGACCCGGCGAUGAGGGAAAAACAGCUACAACACGAGCUGCUCUUGCUGAAACAACAACAAGAGCUCCAGAAACAGCUGCUGUUCGCCGAGUUCCAGAAGCAGCACGAGGUUUUGACACGCCAACAUGAAGUGCAGCUACAGGAACAUCUUAUGCAGCAGCAGGAGAUCCUUGUCGCAAAGCGUCAGCAGGAGCUGGAGCAGAAGAGGAAGUUGGAACAGCAGCGUCACGAAGAGGUGGAGAAGCAGAGACUGGAACAACAGCUCAUCAUGCUACGUAACAAAGAGAAGGGCAAAGAGAGUGCUAUUGCCAGUACUGAGGUCAAACUGAAGCUGCAGGAGUUCCUGUUGAGCAAAAAGGAACCUGGCUCUGGUGGACUAAACCAUUCCUUCUCUCAGAAGUGCUGGGGGGCUCACCACGCGUCCCUGGAGCAGAGCUCCCCUCCACAGAGCAACACACCGGGCACGCCACCCUCCUACAAACUCCCCCCACUGUUAGGGUCUUAUGAGGGCAAGGAUGACUUCCCUCUCCGUAAGACCGCCUCUGAGCCCAAUCUGAAGGUACGUUCACGGUUAAAACAGAAGGUGGCUGAGAGGAGGAGCAGCCCACUUCUUAGACGGAAAGAUGGUACUGUGAUCAGCACCUUCAAGAAAAGGGCGAUUGAGAUCUCAGCUGGGUGCAGCAGUGCUCCUGGCUCGGGUCCCAGUUCUCCGAACAGCUCUAACUGUGCCAUUGCCGAGAAUGGCUCCAGCGGAUCCGUUCCAAACAUCCACGCUGAGCAGUUGCGUUCUCUGCAUCAGUCUUUGACUGGAGAUGGGACACCGAGUCCCCUUAGCCUCUACACCUCUCCAUCUCUGCCCAACAUCUCUCUUGGGCUGCCUGCCAACGCGCACAUCACGGCUCCUCAGAAACUCAGUGCCCAGCAGGAGGCAGAGCGGCAGGCAAUCCAGAGUUUGCGUCAAGGUGGGGCACUGACAGGGAAGUUCAUCAGCACAUCGUCCCUGCCGACGUGCCUUCCCACCGGGGCACCCCAUGACCCCGAGCCCCCUUCUGCCUCUAAUAGCCACAGUAGCCAUUCCUCGCUGCUCCAGCACGUCCUACUGUUGGAGCAGGCUCGUCAACAGAGCGCACUUCUCACAGUUCCCAUGUACGGGCAAUCUCCGCUGGUAACGGGUGAGCGGGUGUCCAGCAACAUGCGUACAGUGAAUAAAUUGCCUAGGCACCGGCCGCUGAGCCGUACACAAUCAGCACCCCUGCCUCAAACACCACAGGCCCUGCAGCACCUCGUAAUGCAACAGCAACACCAGCACUUCCUCGAGAAACAGAAACACUACCAGCUAAAUAAGAUCCUCUCUAAAGGGGCGGAGCUUCCACGGCAGCCUCCCACGCACCCUGAGGAGACUGAAGAGGAGCUUACGGAAACCGCAGAGAUGCAGGACGAGCGAGGGGAGGGGCUUGAUCAUGUAAGGGAGGGGCUACAGAAAGAGAGCUCUGGUGAGACCACACCCCCUUCCGAAUGUCUGGUUCAGUUGAAGGGAGAAAGCACAGAAAGUGACUUGGAGGAAGAUGAUGAUGAUGAUGAUGAUGAUGAAGCCAUUGAACUGAGGGAAUGUGAUGAAGAGGGUGCCCCCUAUGGCCAGUAUUUGGACCAGCAGCAUGUGCAGCAACUGAAUGUGUUCCAGGCCUCCCUGUCCAUCACGGGAAUGCCCCACAGACCCCUGGGAAGGGCACAGUCGUCCCCUGUCACUUCUAGUCUUAAAGGAGCACCCCUGAUCGAGGUGCCCAUUAAGCAUCUCUUCACAACAGGGCUGGUGUACGACACCUUCAUGCUAAAGCACCAGUGCAUAUGUGGGAACACAAACAUCCAUCCCGAACACGCCGGUCGCAUUCAGAGUGUUUGGUCCAGGCUACAAGAAACAGGGCUGCUUGGUCGCUGUGAGAGGAUCAGAGGAAGGAAGGCCACGCUAGAUGAAAUCCAAACUGUGCAUUCUGAGUACCACACGCUGCUCUAUGGCACCAGUCCACUGAACCGACAGAAGCUGGACAGCAAGAAACUUUUAGGUCCAAUAAGUCAAAAAAUGUAUGCUGUGCUACCGUGUGGAGGCAUUGGGGUGGACAGUGACACAGUGUGGAACGAGAUGCAUUCGUCCGGAGCUGUCCGGAUGGCGGUGGGCUGCGUCAUUGAGCUGGCAUUUAAAGUUGCUGCCGGAGAGCUGAAGAACGGGUUUGCGGUGGUCCGUCCUCCUGGUCAUCAUGCUGAGGAAUCAACUGCCAUGGGUUUCUGUUUCUUCAACUCAGUGGCCAUCACUGCCAAACUGCUGCAGCAGAAACUCGGGGUGGGCAAGAUCCUGAUCAUAGACUGGGAUAUUCACCAUGGAAACGGGACCCAGCAGGCUUUCUAUAAUGACCCCAAUGUGCUGUACAUUUCCCUGCACCGUUAUGACGAUGGCAACUUUUUCCCAGGCAGCGGAGCUCCUGAGGAGGUGGGUGUAGGUCCAGGAGAGGGCUUUAAUGUCAACAUUGCCUGGACAGGUGGAGUGGAGCCACCUAUGGGUGAUGUGGAGUAUCUAACUGCCUUCAGAACGGUGGUGAUGCCCAUAGCCAAUGAGUUCUCCCCGGAUGUAGUGCUAGUGUCAGCUGGCUUUGAUGCUGUGGAGGGCCAUCAGUCCCCCCUGGGUGGAUAUAAUGUCACCGCCAAAUGUUUCGGCCAUCUCACUAAGCAGUUGAUGAAGCUGGCUGGCGGCCGUGUGGUUUUGGCACUGGAAGGAGGUCACGACCUCACCGCCAUCUGUGACGCAUCCGAGUCCUGCGUGGCUGCAUUGCUUGGAGACGAGUUGGAUCCUGUACCACUGACAGUGCUUCAACAGAAACCGUGUCCAAAAGCCACAGCCUCUCUAGAGAGGGUCAUUGAGAUUCAGAGUAAACACUGGACGUCUGUGCAGAGGUUAGCUCCUACAGUGGGCCAGUCUCUACUGGACACUCAGAGACGGGAGAAGGACGAGGCAGACACUUUGACCGCCAUGGCCUCUCUCACUGUGGACAACGAUCAGCAAAAGACCUCCACAGAAACCAGCAGAUCAGCAGAGGAGCCCAUGGAGGAGGAGCCCGUGUUGUAGAAGAGCGAGCACAGUGCAUCACUGCUCCAACCUUCUUGUCCACGCGUGCUUGGCACUGGUCACGCCUCAUGUUCCUCCUCCCAGCUCUUUGAUUGGUUCCCUCGGUCCUUCACUCAUUUCCAGGUGCUUGACUGACACGUUCACAGCCCACCCACUUUCGCUUUUCUGAGGUUAAAGCAUAGCAAACUGUUGCCGAAAGGGGAUGACAAGGCAUGAUGGGUACUUACAGGACCACUCCAGUGAGGGUUGCGCAGCUGGAAAGGCCGAACAAUGGAGUGCUCUUCAGAGAGAGGUCUUUGAUUUCAUUUUCUCAUUGUAUUGAACUGAGGACUUAAAGAAGAAAAUGCAAAAAAAAAAAAAAAGAAGAAGAAGGGGAAAACAUCACGACAGCACAGGGAUGUUGUCGCUUGGGGGGGCGGCGAAAAGCUUUGUUUUCUGUACAAAGUAUAAUGUACAAAGUUCCAAAAAAAAAAGCCAACAAGCAGCAAAAAUACUUCAGCACAAAACACACAUAUACACUCAUUCACAAGCAACACGGUUACCAAAAGAGGUGCCUGAUGUGUCGAAACACCUUUUGCAGACAAGUAUACUCGUUUACACUGUACCGUGUCGAUUAUUUGGUAUACUUGUUCAUCUGUAUAAUAGCCUGUUAUGAAAAGCACACAAACCUACGAGAAAUAUAAGUAUAAAAUAUAUAUAUAAAUAUACAUACAAACAUAUAUAUAUAUAUAUAUAUAUAUAAGCAUAUAUAUGUAGUUUUGUGUGUACCGUAUACACAUUUGAACAUACAAAAAAUAUAUAAAUACUUUAUAUCCCCUAUGGAACAUUUUCUUAUCAGCUGUGGUUGUACAUACAGUAAAAGAGCCUGCAGACUUUUAUCCAGAAGUGAAAGAAUAAUGGUUAGCCAUUUCUCCCAGAAGCAUUUCUUGUCUCUUAGAGAAAACAGUACUUUUUUGGAAUAUACGGCUUUGCUAUAACAUACAUCGCACAUAAACGUGAAUAACGGCAACCCAUCCGUUUUAAGACAAAGGUGUAAAAUACGAAGAGAGGAUUUUCAAGCGUCCAUCUCAACUUUCGGUGGAGAACGAGGAUAGACGCAUUGGUGGUAAUGUCUCAAGAAAGACUUUUUGUUUUCCAAGAACUUGGUGCCUUUUAUACUAAGGAAAACAUUUAACAACACCAAUACUUAACGAAUCGUGACUCCUCGGACUUCACUUUCAUUGAUUUGUUUGUUUUUCAAAUUGCCUUAAAUUUUUCAAAGAAAAUUAACUUUAGCCAUGAACGAAGGAGAGCACAAAAUGAUUACUAUCCUCCUCCUGCCCCACUUUCUUUCCAUUUCUCUCUUUAGUUUAAGUGUUGUGUUCUUGGUAAAAAGGUUUUGAUACUUUUUUUUUAUUUUACAUGUUAACAAAAGAACAAAUGGAAGAUAUUCAGCGAUUGUUUUAUUUAUCAGUCCUGUGCACUAGCACAUGACUAGCACAUGACGUGAUUGUUUGGAAACACUGCUGAUGUUGUGACCAACUUGUUUGUUUUCUUCAUUUUAACGUCACUUUCCUUUGUCCAUUUAUUUGAUUGGCUCCCGUAAACUCUUUAUUUGAAACUUGUUUUAUUUGACUUUAUUUCCAUUGGCGAGAGAGUGUUAGCGGUGACUUUUUUUAUUAAAACAGUUCCUUUUUUUUGUACAAAAAUGUAAAAGAAAACAAAAAAGUCUGUAUUCAGUGUUAGUUUCGUCAUUUGAUUUGAAGUAUUCUCUGUUAAGGAAUGUACAGCGCGCUACAGAUAUUAUCAAUGAUGUUGAUUUAUGUCACUGUGCAGUGCAUUUGGCAUUGUCCUUUUUCAGGAUUUAAGGAUAUUUUUUCCGGCAAUAAGAGUGACUACCACUUUUUUUGUUUAACACUAAAAUACUCUGCAAACUUUUGGUUACAUUUUCGACAUCUUUUGAUAUAGCUUUUAUCCUCUGGAUACGGUUAGUUUUCAUUAGACUGACUAGUAUUGUUCAUAACUGUUGACAGUUAGUCGUCUAAUAGCUGUAUGCUGGCUAAUCACUUGUGCACUUGUGGAUGAAAUGCAAUGGCUUGUUUAUGACCCUGAAAUAACAAUCCUUCAUUACAUUUUCACUGCGUGACAACAGCUUUUUGGGGGCCAAAUUCGAUGUAAUCCGCUGCGUCUUUAUUUAACGUCACCCUCUUCCUUUAGCAAUGUCACGGAAGUCUGAGAGGUGACGACGUGUCUAAUGGCAAACACUUUUUUUUAAUGAGACUGAACCGGGCCUCGGGCAUCUUGCACUAAUAACUACACUGUAGGUCCGAACCUAAUUGCGUUUCUUUUUUUUUACUUUCGGUUCUCAGACGCAAAUUGAGGCAUUAAAUGCAGAGUGAAUUAUCUCCGCAAAUGACGUGUGAACUCUCGCCAGCGUUUUUCUUUGUGUGCAUUCACUGAUUCACCGAUGAACUGUUGACGUUGAAACGUCAGAAACUUCGCUGCGCAUUUCUCGACUCUGCUCUCUUUUGAUUUAUUUAUUUGGAGUCAGAAAUUAUUAGUUGCGUUGCGUAUGGAUCGAUGUUUGUCUCAUUGUAAAUCGAUGAAAAUUUCAACAGCCUCUGGGGAAUAACUUAACUUUU